UAGAAUGGAACUAGUUAACCUUUAGCAAUUUAUGCUGAUGUCACACUGAGCAUGAGUAGUGAUUAAUCCAACCCCCCCCCCCGUUUGAAAUAGUUUUAUUAAAGGGGGGGGGGAAAGGGAAAAAGGAGAAAGAAAAAAAAGAGGGGGGGGAACAGGAUAUAUAUAAAAAAAUAGAUAUAAUUUACCGCAGCCAUCUUUGUUUGGCGCCGAAUUCUUCCUCUUUUUUUUUUCAAACCCCCCCCCCCCUUCCCUCUUUUUUCCACCCAAAUCGCGGGACCUGCGGGGCUGAAGCACUGCAAAACAUGGGCAAACAAGGCGGAAAAGCGUUCAAAACGCCGAAAACACCUUAAUAUUUCGAGAGAGAUAAAAAGCGAUUAAACGCGCCGCGGCGAUGAUCCGCCUUUAGCGGCAGCGAAAAGCGGUGGGGGGGGGGGAAGCUUUAAAUAGUCAUUUUUUCCCCCCCCGUUUGCUCUUUUUGCCUCGUUUUAACGCAUUUUCGGCUUCUUUUUAAGCGGUUUUUGUUAUUUUGGAGCCUUUUUUUACCGUUUCGUGCCGUUUUUAUACGCUUUUUCUACCCCGCAACAAGCCCCGCCAUGGCUUCCCCUCUGAGGGAGGACGAGGAAGAGGAGGAGGAGAUGGUGGUGUCUGAGGGGGAUGAAGACGACGAUGAGGAGGAAGACGAGGAAGAGGAGGAGGAGGACGACGACGACGCCACAACCGCGCUCCUCGGCGUUACCGGAGGGCACCGAGGGGGACCCGCCGACAUCUUCCCCCCGCCGCCUCCCGCCCCGCCGCCGCCGCCGCCGCCGCCGCCUCCCCCUGCGCCCGUGCCCGCUGCGGGGCCGCCGGCAGAAGGUGCUGAGGAGCUUCUGAGGGGCCUCGAAGGGGCUCUUGGGGUGAAGAAGAAGAAAAGGGGCCCCCGGAAGCAGAAGGAAAAUAAACCUGGAAAACCUCGGAAAAGGAAAAAGCUGGUGAGCGAGGAUGAGCUGGAGUCGGAGCGGGAGGAAUUCCAGCGGGAGGAAUACCGGGAGAAGUCGGAGAGCGGCGGGAGCGAGUCGGGGGGGGGCACCCGGAAGCGCCGCCGGAAGCACCGCGACAAGAAGGACAAGAAGACCAAGAGGAGGAAAAAGGCCGAUGAGGACGGGGGGCAGAAGGUCAAGGCGGUGGAGCAGAAGUCCUCAGCUCAGUUGCUGGGGGCCUGGGGGCUGGAGGAUGUGGACCACGUCUUCACCGAGGAGGACUAUCACACCCUCACCAACUACAAGGCCUUCAGCCAGUUCAUGAGGCCGCUGAUCGCCAAGAAGAACCCCAAGAUCCCCAUGUCCAAGAUGAUGACCAUCCUGGGUGCCAAGUGGAGGGAGUUCAGCGCCAACAACCCUUUCAAGGGCUCGGCGGCCGCCGUGGCCGCUGCUGCCGCUGCCGCUGCCGCCGCCGUGGCCGAGCAGGUCUCUGCAGCCGUGGCCAGUGUGGCCCCCGAGGCCCCCGCGCCCCCCCUGCGCAAGGCCAAGACCAAGGAGGGCAAAGCGGCGGCGGCGGCAGCGGGAGCGGCGGAGGCAAAGCGCGGCCUCACGGAGCGACCGGAGGCGGCGGCGGCGGCGCCGGAGCAGCAGCAGCAGCCACAGGCACAGCCCGGCCGCGGGCGCCGGCAUCUUGGGGCGGGGGCGCGCACGUAG